CGCCACCCCCCUUUCUUCCUCCUUAAAACCGGACUAUCCCCAAUCCCAUCCACCCUCAGCAGCUCCAGCAACCCGCGAGCAAAAAAUCUCUCCUCCGAUCGCGCCAUACCUCGCCGCCUACUGCUCCUCCUUGUCUGCGAGCGAACGAGCGUAGCACGGUAGGGAGUAGCUCCGGGGACUGUUGGCCUGGUCCAAGAAAAAUCCAAGCACAGAGCAGAGGAGCAUACAGCCUCGAGGAAGGAAAGAAACAGAGCGGCUUUGCUGUUUGGGAGGUGGCCGGCGAGAGAGAUGGGGCAGCUCAGGCCGGCGGCGGGAGGCGGCGGGGACUGCCUGAUCAAGCUGUUCGGGAAGACCAUCCCCGUGCCGGACGCCGGCGCCGGCGCCAACGCGGGAGACGUCGACAAGGACCUUCAGCACAGAGGCGGCAGCACCACGGCUGAACUAAAGGUGCAAGAAAUCGCCCCUCAGGACUCCACGGGCUCGCCUCAGCAGCCGGAGGUUGUGGACGUCGAGGAUCCAUCCGCUGCCAAGAACUCGGUGGCAGAUCAACAGGACGAAGAGCAGGGGGACACGGCCAACCAGAAGGAGAAGCUCAAGAAGCCUGACAAGAUCCUGCCCUGCCCCCGGUGUAGCAGCAUGGACACCAAGUUCUGCUACUACAACAACUACAACAUCAACCAGCCGCGCCACUUCUGCAAGAACUGCCAGAGGUACUGGACGGCCGGGGGCGCCAUGCGCAACGUGCCUGUGGGCGCGGGCCGCCGCAAGAGCAAGAGUCUAUCCGCCGCCUCCCACUUCCUUCAGAGGAUAAGGGCUGCUCUGCCCGGUGAUCCUCUCUGCACCCCAGUCAACACCAACGGCACGGUGCUCAGCUUCGGCUCCGAUGCGUCUACCUUAGACGUCUCAGAACAGAUGAAGCACAUCAAGGAGCUCGCCUCGGUAACCCGGACUGAGAACACCGAUGCCCCGUCAGUAGGAUCCUCUGCUGAAGGGUGGGCAAAGGGAGAAGAGUCGAGCCAAAUGAACUCGAGGGAGAGAGUUGCAGCAGAUAGAUCCGCAAAUUUUGUGCAGCAUCCGUGCAUGAACGGGGCAGCCAUGUGGCCAUUCAGUUGUGCACCGUCACCUGCCUAUUUCCCCUCAAACGUAGCAAUUCCAUUCUAUCCAGCUGCUGCUGCUGCCUACUGGGGCUGCAUGGUUCCGGGAGCCUGGAACACUCCAUGGCAGCCGCAGCCGCAGCCACAGUCUCAGUGUCAAUCUAACUCACCACCUAGUGCUGCUUCUCCGGUAUCGACAAUGUCCAGUUGCUUCCAAUCCCGAAAGCAUCCUAGAGAUGGUGAUGAGGAAAGAGAUACCAAGGGUAAUGGCAAGGUGUGGGUGCCCAAGACGAUCCGGAUCGAUGACGUAGAUGAGGUGGCCAGGAGUUCUAUCUGGUCACUUAUUGGGAUCAAGGGCGACAAGGUGGAGAAGGAUGAUGGCAAAGGCUGUAAGCUUGCAAGGGUUUUUGAUCCAAAGGAUGAGGCAAAGACGUCAAGCCACAGAGGUAACAAUAGCUUGCCAUUCUUGAAGGGGAACCCAGCUGCACUGUCGCGCUCAGUGAACUUCCAAGAGAGAUCUUGAGCACCAUCUGGAAAUUCUUCAUGCUGCCUUCUGCUACUAUAAAACCAUGUAGCAUGAUACAGCUGAAAUUUUGUACAUUAGAUAAUUGUAUACUACUCCCUCUGUCCCAUAAUAUAAGAGCGUUUUUUAGACUAGUGUACUGUCAAAAACGUUCUUAUAUUAUGGGACGGAGGGAGUACUAGAUAAGAGACAUGGAGUGUUCAACAUAGCUAUAAUCAGAUCCUGUAACUGUAGCUGUACUAGGUAACUUGUAGAUAGCUAUUUGGGUUGGGGAAGAUUGGGAGCAGAAGUUCCUGUAUCUGUAGAUAAAUAUGAUAUAUUGAUUGGAAUAUUUGGCAGGAA